UCUCUCCGUUAGUUACUCUAUGAUUGUCUUUCUCUCUCUCUCUUUCUUUCUCCAUGAAAACGAAAAUGGAUCAAAAGCUUGGAAAUGAUUUACCCGCAAAAGCCGUAGAAAUUCAUGGUCUAUUGUAAAAUUAAAGAUAGAGCCAGCGGUUCAUCUUUCAUGGUAACAAGUUGAAGAAAGAAGAAAAGGAAUAUGGAUAAGAAGAAUAGCAGUAACAAAAUCAACAUGAAAUCUAAAGGAGGAGGAGAAGAAUCGACGAUGAUGAUGAGGAAGGUGUUGUUGGGGUUAGGGUUCUGGGUGCAGGGGCUAAGGUGUUUUCCAUGGAUGGGUGUUAAUUACUACCUAAAGGAUAAUCUUCGAGUUGAUGCAACAACCCUUCAACUCCUUCAAAAUUCGGCUAAUCUUCCUAUGGUUGCUAAACCUGUUUAUGGCCUCAUUUCUGAUUCUUUCUACAUUGCUGGCCAACAUCGCAUCCCUUACAUUGCUUUUGGAGCUAUUCUACAAUCACUGUCAUGGCUAGCUAUUGCGUUUUAUCCGUCAGAAGCAUCUUUCUCUACUAUAACAAUAUGCCUCCUGUUGGGGAAUCUGGGUGCUUCAAUUGUUGAGGUUGCCAACGAUGCUGUCGUUGCAGAAACCUCGCAGUCAUCUUCGGGGGGUUUGCAGUCGUUUGUCUGGAUGGCUAGUUCGUUAGGCGGAGUAAUGGGGAACCUUCUCGGUGGAAUUGCUAUCGAGAAGUUUUCUCCAAAGGGAAUGUUCGUUAUAUUCGGUCUUAUACUUGGUAUGCAACAUCUAUUAACACUUUUCAUUCGUGAAAGUUAUUUGAACCUCCCGAAAGGAUCAUCAGACAUGAGCAUCCGAAAGCAAUUCAACGAGCUCGUGUCAGCCCUUAAAAGACCCGAGAUCUCGCGAUCAAUAACUUGGCUUGCAUUUUCCUAUGGAAUAAUUCCUUCUCUAGCCGGGACAAUGUUCUUCUACCAAUCGCAGCAUUUAGGGAUUGAUUCGUCGGCUAUCGGUAUCUCCAAGGUGUUUGGACAAGUUGCUAUGCUUCUAUGGGGCAUAGUGUAUAAUCAAAGGUUGAGAUCAUGGACACCGAGGAGAUUGAUCACGACUAUCCAAUGUGUGAUGGGCAUUUUCGUGGUGUCGGAUUAUUUGUUCGUGAAAGGGAUUUAUAGAAGUUUGUGGGUGCCCGAUACGGUUUAUGUGGUUUUGUUUUCGGGUUUGAUCGAGGUUUUGUGUUUUUUUAAGAUAUUGCCGUUUACUAUUGUAAUGGCGCAACUUUGUCCGCAUGGAUGUGAAGGUUCGUUGAUGGCGUUUGUGAUGUCGACAGUAGCUUUGGCGUUUAUCGUGAGCGGUUAUUUUGGAGUCGUUCUUUCGUCUUACGUUGGUGUGACGGCGGAAGAUGGGUUUUCGAAAUUGCCGUUUGCUUUGAUUAUACAAUCCGUUUGCAUGUUCUUGCCGAUAUAUUGGUCGUCUUGUAUACCGGAAUUGCCUUCCAAAUCGAAAAAGAAAGAAACAUAAGAAUGUUUUUUUAUAUUUGUUGUUAUGUUGGUGAGGAUUUAAUUUGUUCCUUUAAUAAUACAAAAAGUCCAACAUCAAAUAAUGUAGUGUUUUAUAUAUCUUUGUGUUGUUUAUUCAUCUUUUUUCUUGAACCAAAAAAAAAUAUUAAUGCAAUUGUUUUCUUUUUAUGUGGUGUA